AUUUAAAAUGUUGGCAUAGGUUGAAUGAACCUCCUACAAGGAUCUUUCUACAAAUGACAUACCAGAUUUUACAAUGUAGGAACAGGAGGAAAUAAACCUUUUUAAAAACAUUCCUUAUGCAUAUUACACCACACAAAUAUUCAUGCAGAUUUGCCUUUGGUUGAGAAAUAAUCAAAAUGGUUUGGAAUCCACCCAACACACUCAGUGCAUCUAAAAUACCUGCUCUAUUGCAGAAUCGGGGAGUCCUUUUCGGUUACCGCCAGAUAAACCAGCCGUGGAGUUAUUAUGCGCGAAGCAUCUGUCAAAUUCACAACGAGACCUUGAAUAUAUGGACGCAUUUGAUAGCCAUUUUCAUACAUUUAAGUAUGAUUUAUCAGUAUGCCGAGAAAUGCGACUUUUAUCGUGAACAACACUCAUGGACAUUAUUAAUUUUUAGUGUUUGUUGUAUAUAUUCGACGACAAUUAGUGUAAUAGCACAUAUUUUUCAUAGCAAAAACAUUGAUGCCCAUUACAGCUUAUUUCUGUUUGAUUACGCAGGCGCCUAUAUGUAUGCAUAUGCUUCCGGUUUGAUAGCCAUUUACUACUUUUCAGAUGAAUACACAUAUGACAUGAUCGUAAAUGUUUACUUAGUUGCCCAUUUGAUAUUCUCUUUUGGUGGCGUUGUUCUUAUGUGUAUUAUGAAAACGAACUUUGGACAUAAAGACCAUCAGAGGACGAGGAAAGGUCUACUAAGUUUGUUUUUUUCAUUGCACGCAAUUCUUUUGUCUGCAACAGUAGCAAGAAAAUAUUGGCUUUUAAUGAAUGGAGACCUCCAAUAUUUAGCGUCAGUUACUAACUAUAAUUGGAUAUAUUUAUAUUUUAUACUUGGAGGAUUAUCGUAUAGUUGUCACUCGCCAGAAGUGUUUUUGCCAGGCAUGUUUGAUAUUAUUGGACAAAGCCACCAAAUCUUCCACAUAUUUGCAACACUGACACAGAUAUUACAGAUACGUGCAGUGCGCUUUGAAAUAUCAAAAGGGUACGCUUCAUAUGGACAUCCAUCCUUGCCAUCACUCUUUAUAUUAUCAACUAUUUCUUUAGGUAUUAUCACUUUUAUAUGUGUAUUAAUCAUCAGAAUAUAUUUUCCAGUACCAAAUUUAAAAAAAGAAAAAUAAACACUAUUGAGUCGUUUUCUCAGUCUUAAAAUCAGAAAAUGUAUACAUUAUAUUAACUGAGGAAAGGUUGAGAAAUGAGAUAUCGAGAAGCUAGGUUAACACUACCAAGUGUUCAUGUGCCUGUCCCAAAUCAGAAAUAUCGUCAGAGAUUUGUCUUUAUUCAAUAGGACAGUUGUUAAUUUUAUAUCUGUUAAAGGAACAGAUUAACUUUAACUAAAAUAUGGCCUUGAAAUAUAACUUUAUGAAAAAGGUUACAAUUUGAUUCUUUAAUGAAUCUAUUUCAAAAUCCUGCUUGCUGAUAAUAGCAUCCUGUUUAGAUUGAUGACAAAACAAAAUAUAGGUUUUCUUUUUCAACAAUACAGGUGGUUCAACUGCAGGCUCACGUGCUUAGCUGCAGUCUAGCGCAAUAGUUAUCUACACCAACAAAGGGCUUUUUGAAAGGAAUACUUGCAGAAAUUUCAAAAGUUAAAAAGAAUUACCAUCGUCGUCUUCAUGUCAUAAAAAUGUCGUAUGAAGUCUUUUAAGAAUUUAAGAUUUUAUUCAAUAGUAAAGUACGCUUUGCUUGAGUUGCCUUUAACGCUGCCAUUGUCUUGCUGGUGAAGUAUUAUCCCGAAAAAGCGCACCCAGGUUGCUGUUUUCUGAAUCUUUUUUUGUAAUUAAGUUGAUGAUGCUGAGCCUGCACUUGCGUCAUGGCAGCAACGACAUAUGUAAUUGUACGUCUCUGAUGGCAGUCAUAACAAAAGUAAACGAAAAUGAUUUCAAGUCUAAGCAUUACUUGCAAUCAUUAGACACUUUUAAAUAUGCUAAAAUUUUCAAUGAUCUGGAUAUUUUUCUCCAUUCCAAGUUACCCUGUGUACUAUUACACAAACACAAAUAAAUCUGGAUACCAUUUGAUAAUAGAAUAAGGUUCUAAGUGUUAUGAAUCAUUUGGACAGUCCAAACAAAAUCAGUUUGCUUUUUAGUGUAUAAAAUGUUGAUUUACCUAAAAUAAUGUGCAAUAUUAUAUACACAAAUCUUUCUUAAGAUUAUAAUAUUCAUACAUACUUUAAAUUUUGAAUGUAUUAACUUAUUGAUUUAAACGGUCAAACACACAUUUAUUAAAAAAAAAAAGAUAAAUAUUGUUAUUGAUUAUUAAAUUUUUUUUUUUUUUUUUUUCUUUCUUUAAAUGAAAAUAUUCUUAUAUCCUAGUGACAUUGUCCCUGGUGUCAACUGCAUUCAAGUUACCUAUACUUCUAUCUUUUAUGCUUUUGAUACAAGUAUGAUAAAGACAACAUAUAUAUUUAGCAUACCAGUAAGUGUUAAGGUAUUAUCCCUGGUGUCAGCUGCAUUGAGGAUACCACACUGCUAUCUGACUUGCUGCGGACACGGGGAAGACUGAUAACAUGCUUAAUCUUUUGGGCUAGAAAACUUUAUGUAUGUCUUUUAUGUCACUACAUAUUAUUAUUAUUUUUUUCUAUUUUUUUCUCAAUAUAUAAUUAUGAACCUUUUAUCAGCCACACUUGCAUUGUGUUUAUAAAUUUGAAUCUGCUUAAAUAUUUAUUAAGUUAUAUAUUAAUUAAUUUUAUUAAAUGUUAUUUGUUUAAUGUCAAAUUAUAAUGGUAUUACCAUGUCUAAUGUUUAUGCCCUUCGGGGCCUUUAAUUGGAAUAAAAAUAUUCUUCUGAA